AGGUGGUUAAGACGGUAGAAUUAGCGAGUAACGCAGGAAGCAUUACACCGAAAGAAGCGUCGGAUUCGAUAUAAAAUAUAAUUUUAUCGCAGCGUUGUAUUACAAUAUCAUUAUUUAGAUUUGUAUGUAAUAAACUACAUUUAAUCAUGUUGAUCAAAGUAAAGACUCUCACUGGUAAGGAAAUAGAAAUUGACAUAGAACCCACCGAUAAGGUUGAGAGGAUCAAAGAGAGGGUGGAGGAGAAAGAGGGGAUUCCUCCUCAGCAACAGAGACUAAUCUACAGUGGAAAACAAAUGAAUGAUGAAAAAACAGCUGCAGAUUACAAGAUCCAGGGAGGGUCUGUGUUGCAUUUAGUGUUGGCCCUCAGAGGAGGGUGUACAUCCCACAGUCAUGGUCCCCUUUGGUCAGCUCUGUAGUAUCUGCCUGUUGGGGGAGUGUGCCAAUUUCAAAACUUCACUACAACUACCAGAACCUGGCCUGGUCACAGAGGCAGGCAUAUCGAUCACAUUCUGGUCAAGAGCCAUGAUCAGCCGAUCAAAUUGACCAAUGUCUCGCAAUACUGAAACCUCUGCCUGAGAUUAUGUCACAGUAGCCACUUGUGUGUGUGUGUGUGUGUGUGUGU